AGCUCCAUAGGGCGUGAUUUGAUAGAGGGGGCUGGGUGCUAAGUAUCAUGGAGGAUCAGUAGGAGAACUGUGGCCAUACAAGAAACCCGAGCUGUAGGUCCAAACUCUGGAGUUGAACAUUGUAUUGCCAUAUUUUUUUUAUUUUUAUUUUACGUUAACCUAGUGUUUUAUAUUUUACUAAUAAUGGAGAUGAAAAAGAGGAUCAGUUUAGAAUUGAGGAAUAGGACACCAGCGGAGGUGACAGAGAUGGUGGUGGAUAACUGUCGCACCAGUGAUGGUGAAGUAGAGGGCCUGACAGAUGACUUCAAGGAGCUGGAAUUCCUCAGCAUGGUCAACGUUGGACUCACCUCCCUGGCAAAGCUACCUUCGCUGCCCAAACUGCGCAAGUUGGAGCUGAGUGACAACAAUAUCUCGGGUCAUUUGGAGACACUUUCAGAGAAAUCCCCCAACCUGACGUAUCUAAACCUGAGUGGCAACAAGAUAAAGGAGCUGAGCAACGUUGAGGCCCUGCAAAAUCUGAAGAACCUGAAGAGCCUGGACCUGUUUAACUGUGAAAUCACCACACUGGAGGAGUACCGUGAGAGCAUCUUUGAGCUGCUGCCUCAGGUCACCUACCUGGAUGGCUUCGACCAGGAGGACAACGAGGCCCCUGACUCAGAGGCAGACGCCGACGAUGAUGAGGGGGAGGACGGAACCGGACCAACAGGGGACUAUGACGAUGAAGAUGACGAGGAGGAGGAGGAGGAAGAGGAGGUCUCGGAAGGAAGAGAGGUUGGGCUCUCUUACCUAAUGAAGGAAAAGAUCCAGGAUGAAGAGGAUGAUGAUGACUACGCAGAGGAGGAGGAGGGAAAAGAGGAGAAGGCAGGAGUCAAAGUUGAGAAGAGGAAGAGGGAUGCUGAGGAUGAAGGGGAGGAUGAUGAUGAUGACGACGAUGAUGAUGACUAGGCUUGUCUUUCCCCAGCGAACCUCUGGAUCCAGAUCCAAGCUGUAGAACAAUAACCACAAAAAAGUGUGAUCUUGCAGAUUGUUUCUCUUUGUAUACCAUAGAUAUCACUAUAGAGGCUGUUUUUUUCCCGUUUUUAUAUAUAUGAGAUACAAUAUGAAAAUGAGAUUUUAUCGACAAUUAAUUUGUUAAUCAUUCCAUGUUAAACGACCACCCCAAAUCUCUUCAAUGUGUAAGGGCUCUAAAAUAAAUGGAUGAGGGGGGGGGCUGGUUUUAUCUCGAAUGGCUUGCCAAUGAUAUGAUCAGUUGCAACUAGAGGUGUGUUAUGGACUAAUUUAAGAAGGGCUGUCGCAACAAUGACCAGCACAACAGAAGUGGCCCACACUGUCCCUCGUUGACGUCAGUGUUCAACAAACACCCAAUGGCGUUCCAAGACCCAUGACAGGCCAUGCAGCCCAGAGUCCAGUCCAGUUCAGCCCAUAGAGAUAGAUAGAGGACUCCUCUUUGUAUCUGUGCUAUUAUAGUGUCUGUGACAGCUUGAGCAGCACCAUUAAGGCAAUCUCCAUUUUGAAGUAGUCAAUUGUCUUCUUUACUAUUGGCUGAUUCUGCCUGAUGACCCAGUUGGACAUUACUCCAACAGGGUCAUCAGGAGGGAUCAGCCAAUGAAGUUGGAAGUUCCACGCAGUUGACUAAAUUAAAAAGUUGGAAGCCCUCAAUGACGCUGCCCAUGCUAAUACGACCUUUUGGCCACUAGAGGCCUCUUAUCGUUCUCUAUGGUCCAGCCAAGUCUCAUCUACCUCUCUGGGCCACGGUGAGGAAAGAAUGCCCCCUACAGGACAACUCUACACAGCACCAUGCUCACUACUCAGGCAGCCAGGGAUACCAGGCUAGAAAAGAGGCAACAGGAAGUUCAGGAACCUCUACCGUCAUCGUUGUCUGCCACAAAUGGUCUCCUCUUUCCCCUCAAUGCAUUUUGUACCAGAUAGUUUCCACCCAUCACUGAAAGUCCUGUCUCGCGUAAGAUAGCAUAGCAAAGACUGUUUAAUCCCUCACACAGUAUAUGACUUGUUUUAGGAAUUUAAAAAAUAGUGGGAGAUGGGGAUGUCCAAAACAGUAGUCUAACAGUUUCUAUACCAGCGUUAGUCCUGGAGAGGUGCACUGCCAACUGAUGUGCAAACAGACCCCAAAACAUUUCUGAGGGCCACUGAGCUGUGGCGUUCUAGGACCGGGGCCGGUAAUCUCUAGUCUAAAUCAAACCUAGCGGUUUGGCCUUAACAUCUAUCCAUAACAGAUGGGUCAACAAGGACAUAUCUGUUUACAGCUUGAAAUACUGUAGCCUGACUGUUAAUGCUGCUGUUGCGGUAAAAGUGACAGUGGCACGGCCGUAAUGUUUUUAAAGUUAAGGUCAAACUGCUUCGGAUUUAGGAUUUAAUCGCAUCCCUAAGUACAUUUUUAACUUUGUCUUGCUGUUGAUGCAAGUAAGUUUAUAAUUGUACUGGUAUUUUACAUAGCAGGAACUAUCUAUUAUUUGUAAGGCAAUAUGUAAAUAGUUUCAGUUCCAACCGUUUGGUGUUUCAUGUUUGUUUUUUUAAAAUAAAAGUUUUUGUCAUUUUGUUUUAAUAUAAAGCACAGGUCAAGGGGCCAAAGUCUGACCCAACACACUCAAUAUAGAUUAUUUUCCAUCCUUGGCUGUUGUGACAAGUUACGUGUUUGUUGUUUUGUGUGCUGUAAACAUCUUAAAAGAGGGGUUUUGAAUAAAAAAAAUGAUGAACAGAAAAAUAAAAUGCUUUGAUAGUU